AUGCUGUCGAAUAAUUAUAUACAUAGCUUCAAAAACAAUAUAUCAGAGUAUUUCAAUGAUUACGAAGAUUCUAAUUUAUCUUUACCUCGUUUCAAGCUUAUUAAAGAAUUUAGUAAAGAUGUCAAGAAUAUUUAAUCAUUUGUUCCUUUCAUUAAAGAAAGAGAUUAAAUGAAUCGUUUAGUGAGGAUUAAUUCAGAAAAAUAACGAUUUAAUACAGAUCAUUCUAGAUCCCCAACAAAUUAACAUCAUACUCCAGAUUAUCAUUGGCAUUUCAAUAAACAUUAUAUAACACCUGAGAAAAGAAAGAAACCCAAUUUGAAAUUUAAUUACUUAAUCAAAAUAGAGCCUAAAAUUGAAUAGAUAUCUGAAAGAAUAUAGAGUAAACCUGAUUUAAUGGAAGAAACUAUUUAACCUUAGUAAUAAAAGCAAAAAACUUAAUUUUUUAAACGCAGUAAUCUUAAAAUCAAGACCAAAAAAUAAAUGAAUUUUAAUAAUUAGAAUUAAUUGAAUGAUGAACCAAACAAAUUUUAAAUUCAGGUUCCAACAGACGUCUUAUAACCAUAUAUUAGUCAUGAAAUGGAAUAGAUGAAAUAAGAUCUUUUUUUUAAGGUUGAUAUGGAUUAUCAUUUUCCAAGUGAUUUAACAGAUAAGCUAAUCUAAUAAAAAUAGUUAAUAUUUUGUUUAAUUAUUAUAGACAUAUUGAAUAACUAAAAAGAAGAUUGAAAGAAUGGGGUGAAAUAAAAUCCCCUGAAGAUAUUUAAGAUUUAAAGGAGUAUGCCAAAUAUAUACUAUAAAAAAAUACUUGA